AUGACGGCAUCCUGGCAAUCCCUGGCUACCCAGAAACGCGAAGCUAUACUCGCCGCCAUCCCAUCAGAAUGGCGCAUCCCACAUCCUCCAUCAGUAGAGGAACAAGUCGAUGUCACAGAAUACAUCAAGCAAUUCCUAUCCCAAGAAGAGCUUGAGGUUACCGAGAGCAGUGCAGACCAGAUCGCGGUGAAGACAACAACGGGGCAGUGGAGUGCGGAGAAGGUUACGAGGGCCUUUUGUCAUCGGGCAAGUUUGGCGCAUCAGCUGUUGCAUUGUUUGCAUGAGAUCUUCUUCGACGCUGCCAUCGAGGAUGCUAAAAGACUUGAUGCGCAUUAUGCUCAGCACAAAUCUCCGAUUGGACCCCUUCACGGCGUGCCUGUUUCUCUCAAAGACCAGUUCCAUGUUAAAGGUGUGGAGACGUCGAUGGGAUAUGUGGGCUGGAUCGGGACGUUUGAAGGAAAAAAGGGUACUGGGAAGGAAAAGGUGUUUGAAAGUGAGAUGGUGAGGGAGUUGAGAAAUGCGGGUGCGGUGCUGUACUGCAAGACGAGCGUACCGCACACACUGAUGACAGGCGAGACGGUAAACAACAUUAUUGGGUAUACUUUAAAUCCUAAGAACAGGCACUUGACCAGUGGAGGGAGCUCAGGGGGCGAGGGCGCGUUGAUUGGUAUCCGUGGUUCACCUCUCGGCUUUGGCACUGAUAUCGGAGGCUCAAUCCGAAUCCCAGCUGCGUUCAAUGGACUGUAUGGUCUGCGCCCCUCGACAGGUCGUCUCCCCUAUGAAGGCAUGGCAAACUCCAUGGAUGGACAAAACAGCAUCCUCUCCGUCGUAGGCCCACUCGCGAAAAGCGCCGCGUCUCUCCGUCUGGCCACUAAAGCCCUGCUAUUGCAAAAGCCAUGGCUUCAUGAUCCGCUGGUGCAUGAAGUGCCCUGGCGCGAGGACCAACACGAAGAGAUGCUCCGUCUCACAACAUCCGACGAAAAGCUCUGUUUUGGACUCAUCGCAACCGACGGGAUCGUCAAUCCCACGCCCCCAGUCCGCCGUGCAACCAAUCUUGUAGCCGAAGCUCUUCGUUCAGCUGGCCACACGGUGAUUCCCUGGAACAGUCCGUCUCACAAGCCCAUUCUCGACACUGGCUUCAAGUCCUGGGUCUUCGACGGCGGCAAAGACGUAUGCAGUGCCUUCGCUCUAUCUGGGGAGCCAAUGGCGGACCAAGUAUCGUUUUACUCUUCGGAUCUCAAGGAAGCUACGGGCAGCGAGAUUGCAGCGACAAAUGUCGAGCUAAGGCGAUUGAAGAAGGAAUAUAUGGACUUUUGGAACAGCACUGUUGACGCGACGGGCACGGGGAGACCUGUUGAUGCAGUCAUUUGUCCUCUUGCACCGUGGCCUGCUGCUAGAGAAGGAAAGUACAAGUACUAUGGGUAUUCGACGUGGGUUAAUGCGCUGGAUUACACGAGUGUAGUUGUACCUGUUACCAAUGUCGAUAAAAGUGUUGAUGUGAAGGAAGAGGGGUACACGCCGAUUGACGAAGCAGACAAGGGGGUACAAGACGAUUAUGAUCCGGAGAUUUAUGACGGAGCACAUGUCAGCGUACAGAUUGUGGGGAGGAAAUUGCAGGAGGAGAAGAUGUUGGCUGUAGCGGAAUAUGUUGGUGGGCUCAUAGGGAAGUGA